AUGCCCCAAAAUCUUCUACAAUCACUGCCCCUUUUUUCUCUUCAUGGUCUCUUUUCUCUUAAAAUAUUGAACACUUCGUACUUUGAGCUUCCAAAAUAGUACAGUCAUUACUCUAUUCUUGCAACUCAACAUCUAAUUUCCCUCUUAAUUUGAAAGAGAUUAAAAGUGCUGCAGUCACUUGAAAAUGUUAUCCUCCUUUAUAAGAAUCACAGUUCUCAUGUGGGCUGAUUUUCUUGCUGCGUUUGCUAUAUGGAUGAUGAUGACAUACUUAACAAAUGUAUGGAAGAUUGGUUUCACGCACGCUGCUGUCAUUGUUAAUUUCUUUUGGGGCAUCGUCCUUAUCAUGCCAUUGGCCUUACAAUUUCUUGUUGAUACUAUCAUCGGCAACUAUUGGAUGCUCUUGCUCUCCAGUUUUGCUUAUAGCGCAGGUUUGAGCUUUUUGGCAAUGUCAACACCACCUGUAAUGUCUGAGGCAAUGGGCACCUGCAGUGAAUACAAGCUGGAAUGCAUUGGCGAGGGACAGAAAAUUCUCUUUUACACGGCUUUAGCUCUAACAGCCUACGGAAUGUCAGGUCACAUAACCUCAAUAGGAGGGUUCAUGGGGGAACAGAUUACAGCAUCAGGAGAACACAACGUCAGUCGAGGUGCGUUGGUGAUGUUUUUUCUGAGCUUCUUUGGAGCGAUCCUAGUGCCUGUAACAGGAGCAAUAGCAAUUCCUUUGAUACACCCUUGGUCAAUCAGGUUUGGGAUUCCAGCAAUUUGUACUGUGGUAGCAACACUAAUUUUCUUGACUGGCACAUGUUCUUACAGAUAUGUGAGACCAGAAGGGAGUUCUUUCACAUCUGUCUUCAGGGUCUUUGUGGCCUCUGCUUCCAAAAUAUUUCAUAGGUGCCCGAAGGAUGCCACUGAGCUCUAUGAGAGAGACCAAGAAUUAUACAAGGCGCCGCCUACUCGUGGCCUCAGGUGCCUAGACAAGGCUGCAAUUAUAUUAGCUGAUCAAACUCUGGAGGAACAAGAAAGAAACAGAUGGAGACUUUGCAGCGUCACAGAAGUGGAAGAAACAAAAUCCCUUUUACGAAUCAUUCCAAUAUGUUUGACCUUCAUUUUAUUGGGAGUUUUAUCUUCUGUAGGUUUCAGUUAUUUUCUUGCGCAAGCAGAUCACCUGAAUCGCAAAGUUGGUCAUCUGAGUGUCCCAAUUGCAAUACUCUUGUGGUUCUAUGACAUGAGCAAAAAAUGCUUGGUGAACUUAUACGUCCAGUUUGCAAACUGGUUAGGCGAAGGAGGAAGACGGUAUGCUCCUGCCAUUGGGAUUGCAAUAUCAAUGGUUGUUGGGAUAUUGUGCUUAAUCACUGCAGCAAAAGUGGAGAUUCGAAGGUUGGAUGUCAUCAGGAGCCAUGGUUUGAUUGAUAGGCCUGAUGAUAAAAUCCCCAUGACCAUGUUUUGGUUGCUUCCACAAUUUGUACUUCUUGGAGGUUUUGAUGGAAUUUCUCAAACAAGUGCUGCUCGCUUUCUGACAGAUCAGUUUCCUGCCACACUGGGCAAUUACAUGGCUCAUAUUGCUCUUGGAAUAUUCGGAUUAGGAACCAUGGGAAGUGUGUUGUCUGUUUAUGUUGUGGGUAUAAUUAGUGAACGGGGAGGGAAACCGAGUUGGUUUCAAGACACACUUAAUAAGACUCGUUUGGAUAAGUAUUACUGGACAUUGGCCGCAAUGACUGCAGUCAAUCUUGUUGUAUUUAUUCUUGUGGCAAUUUGGUAUGCUUAUAAAGAUGCGACGGCAGAACUGGAAGCGCCUGAAUUUGAAGAGGCUGGUGAGCCUUUUGAUGAUAAUGCUAGAUGUUGCUGUUGUUGCUGAGCUCUGAUUUGUAACAACUCCUCAUUUUGAUUCUUGUACUUUUCUAACGAGUCAAAAAACAAUAAACAAUUAGUUGAUUUGAGUCUAAAAUGGAACUCAGAACUCCAACAGUAGAAUAGAAGAAAAAAACGCAGAAAACCAAACUAUAGAGAUGCCCAUAAGAUUCAUUUUCUCGGCAACCAAACGCAGAGGUUCAACUUUUCCGUUCUUUUAGAAGGUCUCGUUGUGAUAUUUUUGAGUUAAGAGUUAAACUCAUCAAAAUGCCAGCUGUGCAGUAAACAAGAAUGAAAAUCAUGCCAUACCAAAGGCCUAAGCAAUACAAAGAACGCCAACACCACCACA